AUGGCGACUGCGCUGACGGCCCCGCGCUCUCUCCCCAGUGUGUCCCUCAAGUCGGAGAUCAAGAAGCUGAUCUACACGCACGUGGGCAUCUGGCUGCUGCUGCUGGCCCAGAUGUGUGUGGGGCACCUCAAGCUGCUGCCCCAUGACCAGGUGGCCAUGCCCUACCAGUGGGAGUACCCCUACCUGCUCAGCAUCCUGCCCUCCCUCCUGGGCCUCCUCUCCUUCCCCCGCAACAACAUCAGCUACCUGGUGCUCUCCAUGAUCAGCACCGGCCUCUUCUCCGUGGCUCCCCUCAUCUACGGGGCCAUGGAGAUGUUCCCCAUGGCGCAGCAGCUCUACCGUCAUGGCAAAGCUUACCGCUUCAUCUUCGGCUUCUCGGCCGUCUCUGUCAUGUACCUGGUGGUGGUGGUGGCUGCCCAGGUGCAUGGCUGGCAGCUCUACUACAGCAAGAAGCUGCUGGUCUCCUGGUUCACCAAUGGCCCCGAGCUGUGGUCCUCAGUGCGCUUCCAUGACUACAGCGCCAGCAGCAAGGACCAGAUGGCGAUGGUCCUGAGCACCAGCUGUCCCCUGCACCCUCGGGCCACCCUAUGCUGGAGGGAGGUGGCGGAUGAGACUGCUCCCUGCCAUGACAUCCCCAAUUCCACGGCCAGCGAGGAGGAGCAGGCAUACAUACUGGACAAGGUGGAUGUGCACCCCCAGCUCUGCUUUCGGUUCUCCUACGGAAACAGCAGCCACGUAGAGUGUCCCCACCAGCAAGAGACUGCCUGGAACGUCUCUGUGAGUGCCCGGGGGCUGCAGCUGCGCCUGCACCUCACCUCCAGCAUCCCCGCGGCCUUCAGUGCAGCCCUCUGCCAGCGCCGGGGUGGGCAGUGUGAGCCCAAGGCCCCCCUCUACACCGUCACACAGCCGGAGGGCUCUGCCCCAGGGGAGCUGGAGCUGCUGCUGCCGGUGCAGGUCCUGGGCAGCUGCGUGCUGGUUUGGCGCUCGGAUGUGCGCUUUGCUCGGAAGCAGCUGCUCUGUCCCGAUGUCUCCCGCAGGCACUUUGGGCUGCUGGGGCUGGCACUGGCACUAGGACUGGUGGUGACUGUGCUGCUCUUCAACUGCCGUGGCACCUGGAGACCAUCUGCUGGUGCCCCAGGCAGGCGCCCAGUGCUGCUGCUGUACUCGCCGGACUCGGAGGAGCACCUGGGGCUGGUGUGCGCCCUGGCCGAGCCGCUGCGCGGCGGGGUGCGCCUGCGCCUGGCCCUGCCGCCUGGCACCGGCGAGCCCCGACGCCCUGCACCGUCAGGCAUCCCUGGGGCAGAGGACAGCCAUGAGGGGGGACGGUGGUCACCGGUGGAUGGGGCUGACUCGUCCCAGCCCAACGUCACAGGGCUGCUGCUGCUCUCUGGGCACACGUACGCCUCCUCCCGCUGUGUGGCCGUGGAGGUCUGGGCACCCCUGGCCCCGGACCUGCCUGGGCGAUCCCUGACUGCUCGUGGCCCGCGGCACAAGCUGCUGUCCCCCAGUGCCAAG